CCCGGUCCCUCGCGAACCCUAGAGCCGCAGCAGCACACUCCCGCAGUAGCAGCAGCCGCCGCCGCCGCCGCCCAGCCGCAGGAAACAGGAGGAAGAUGCCGGCGGGGCACGGGCUUCGGUCGCGGACCCGCGACCUGUUCGCGCGGCCGUUCCGCAAGAAGGGUUACAUCCCGCUCACCACGUACCUGCGCACCUACAAGAUCGGCGACUACGUCGACGUCAAGGUGAACGGCGCCGUGCACAAGGGCAUGCCGCACAAGUUCUACCACGGCCGCACCGGUCGCGUCUGGAACGUCACCAAGCGCGCCAUCGGCGUUGAGAUCAACAAGCAGGUUAAUGGCCGCAUCAUCAGGAAGCGUAUCCAUGUCCGUGUGGAGCAUGUGCAGCCCUCCCGUUGCACAGAGGAGUUCCGCUUGAGGAAAGCCAAGAACGAUCAGCUCAAGGUUGAUGCCAAGGACCGUGGCGAGGUGAUCAGCACCAAGAGGCAGCCUGUGGGACCCAAACCUGGCUUCAUGGUUGAGGGUGCUACACUUGAGACCGUUACUCCUAUUCCCUAUGAUGUGGUAAAUGAUCUCAAGGGGGGUUACUAGAGAGAAUUAUGUAUCUUGAGCAGUUCAAGCGAGCUGGCAUAAAUACCUAUCUGAAUCUUUUUGACAACUGUCUAGUUCUUUUGUUCUAGAAGGGCAGGCAUGGUACAUUGGUGAUAUUUGUCUCAGGCAUUCGAACCAGACUCCACAUUUCUAGGGGCGGUUUGUCCCUUCUUGAGUAUCGUCUUGAGAGCCUCGUGCACUGGGUCGGCCUCUCUGGUUCUUUUUGUUCUGGUGUUAUAAACCUAUGUGGCUAUUGCUAGUUAAUGCUAAAGAUUUUGCCAUCGUUUAUUGUAACCUUUUAUGUGGAUUGUAUUGUCUAAAUUUUCUUUAGUCU